UUUGGGUUCAGAUAACCAUUUCCCCCAAAUGAAUAUCUAGGUCAAACAUAUGAAACACAAAAGAAAGCAAGCACCGUUAUCUCAUAUUUACAGUUAUAUUUUUCAUUCAAUUUUGUUUGUUUCUUUGCCCAUUUUCAACCAACCAAAAAGAAAAAAAAAUGUCAUUGAAAACAUUUUUAUUAAGUUUUCGUUUAUCGAAUCAACCUGAUGAAAAUUUUUGGAAAUCAUUCAUCGCAAUUAUCAAUGAAGAAUUUGAUCCGGAUUUAGAUCAACAUCAACGGAUUGCAUUGAAAAAAUCCACCGAUGUUGUUGAUGAUGGUAAUGAUGGAUCAUUACAUUUGUUUACCUGUUCGAAUGGCAAGGAAAUUUUUCUUACCGUACGUUAUUAUAAUAUGGAUGAUGAUAAAAAAUUAAUUUCCAUAAAUGGUGAAUUAUCGAAAAAUUGUGGCCAAUUAUUUCGUAUGAAUAAUUUGAUUGAAAAAUUUAAAGAUCGUUUAAAUUCAUUGAUACAAUCGCUCAAUAACGAUAAUCCAACGGCCAAUAAUAAACAAAUGGAUCUUGUGGAAACGAUUCCCUUGUUGAAACGUGAUAACCGGGUACCAUCAUAUUUCCUUACAUCCGAUGGUCGUGUUUUGGAAUAUGAUUUUGAUGAAAUACUUGUGAAUGAAACAACACCGUAUCAGAAUAUUAAAAUUUUACAUUCACCAAGUUUAGGUAAUUGUUUAUUAUUGGAUGAUAUGCAAAAUUUAGCCGAAGCUGAUCUACCAUAUACACAUGGUUUAAUGAAUUUUGGUCAAAAUAGUUAUAAGGAUAAAGAAAUUCUAAUUCUUGGUGGUGGUGAUGGUGGCCUCUUACAUGAAUUAUUAAAAGAAUCACCAAAAUUUGUUACAAUGAUUGAUAUUGAUGAAAAAGUUAUGCUUUAUUGUCGAAAAUAUCUUCGUGGUGCAUGUGGCGAUACAUUGGAUGAAUUUGAUGGUCCGAAUUAUAAAAUUAUCGUUGAUGAUUGUUUACGUUAUUUGAAUGAUUAUAUUGAACAACAAAAAACAUUCGAUAUAAUAUUUAAUGAUCUUACCGAUAUACCGAUUAGUACAAGUGAACAACGUGAUUGUAUUGUUGAAGAUAAUCAAAAACUUUGGUCAUUUAUUCGAAAAAUUUUACAACUUUCAAUGAAAUGUUUACGUCCGGGUGGUCUUUAUCUAAAUCAUGCAAUCGGUAUGAAUUGUAAACAAUCAUUGGCGGAUUAUGAACAAGUUAUCAAUGAAUUACCUGAUGUAAAAUUGAAUAUUUCCAAACAUACAAGAUAUGUACCAUCAUUUAUGGAAGAUUGGGUUUUCUAUCAAAUUCAAAAACAAUAAUCAAUUAAUUAACGAAAUUAUUCGAUGAUCAGCGAUUCAUCUUUUUCAAAAAAUCUUUAGGUUUUUUCUUUUUUUUUGGCCAAAUUUUCAAUGUUUGUCAUGUAGAACGAUAGAUGGC